UGCCGCGCGUUCGCCGGGGCCCGCGGAGUUGCCGGCGCUUCCCGAAGUUUUCGCGGAGCCGCGGGAUGGCGGGCGCCGCGCACUGCUCGCUGCAGGCCAAGCGCCUGCUGCUGGACCCCAAGUUCGAGGGAUACAAGCUGUCGCUGGAGCCGCUGGCCUGCUACCAGCUGGGGCUGGACGCGGCUGUAGCAGAAGUGCAGCUUCGUGAUGAUCAAUAUACCCUUGACCACAUGCGUGCUUUUGGCAUGUAUAAUUAUCUUCACCUUGAUUCCUGGUACCAGGAUAAUGUCUACUAUGUUGAUCAGUUUGGAAGGGUUAUGAAUCUGUCAGUGACUCUGGACACUGCUCUACAAAAACCAAGAGAAGUGUUCAGGCUGCCUACAGACUUGACUGCGUGUGAUAAUCGCCUUUGUGCCUCAAUGCAUUUCUCAUCCUCCACGUGGGUUACCCUUUCUGAUGGUACAGGAAGACUGUAUUUAAUUAAAUCAGGCAAGCGUGGAAACAGUGCCUCUGAAAAGUGGGAGAUUGUGUUUAAUGAAGAACUAGGAAGUCCAUUUAUUGUAGCACACAGUGUUUCAUUUGUAAAAUGUGAUGCACAUUCACUAGCUGUGCUGCUGCUUAGGGUAGAAAAAGAUGAACUGGACACAAAAGGAAGUGGGUUUCAUGUUACCUUGGAAUGGGUUACAAUUGCAGGAAGAGAGGGUGAUCAUGGUUACGAAAUCAUUAAAAGGAGAGUUUUGCAAGGAAAGUCAGUCCCCCAUUAUGCAGCAAUAGAGCCAAGUGGGGAUGCUCUAAUGAUUGUUUCCCACAAACCAUUCACAUUUAUGCACAGUGAAAGUGACGAAUUAGAAGAAAGUGAUGAUGCAAAAGUAUCAAAUGAAAAGAAAGACCCUCUGUACUACUGGCAGCAGACUGAAGAUGAUGUGACUGUAACAGUUCACUUGCCUCAAGACAUCACGAAAGAUGACAUAAAAAUACGGUUUUCCCCUGAUAAUAUAUGUGUUACACUAAAAGACCAGCCUCCUUUGAUGGAAGGAAAGCUCUAUUCAUCUGUGGACCAUGAAAGCUCCACAUGGGUAAUUAGGGAGGACAAAAGUUUGGAAAUUUCUCUGAUUAAGAAAAACGAGGGAUCCCGGUGGCCAGAGCUAAUUGUUGGUGACACAAGAGGGGAAUUCAUUAUGGACCCUUCCCGGUGCUCUGAAAUAGCUGAAAGCCUGAUGCAUCUUACCUCUGAAGUAAUGAAUCCAAACCCUGAAAAGGAAAACCCACCUUGUAAUGCUCAAGAGUUAGAAGAAUGUGAUGCUUUUCUUGAAGAUGGAGCAAGCUUGUGUAGAUUUGAUGGCAAUACCUUGAAAGUCACUCAUAUAAUUAAUCUUGGAAGCAACCAGUAUCUUUUCUCAGUUGUUGUGAAUCCCAAAGAAAUGCCAUGCUUCUGCCUGAGGCAUGAUGUUGAUGCUCUUCUCUGGCAGCCUCACUCUGACCAGCCAGAGAAUAUGUGGGAACACAUUGCAACUUUUAAUGCUUUAGGUUAUGUCCAAGCAUCAAAGCAAGACAAGAAGUUCAUGGCUUGUGCUCCAGAUUACUCCUACGCCGCUCUUUGCGAGUGCCUGCGACGUGUUUUCAUCUAUCGCCAGCCGACUCCUCUGGCCACAGUUCUGUACAACAGGAAGGAAGGAAGACAAGUAGGACAGGUUGCUAAGCAGCUGGUAGCAACCCUGGAAGCCAAUGAUCCUAUCUUAGGCUUUCAAGCUACGAGUGAGAGAUUAUUUGUUCUCACAACAAAAACCUUGUUUUUAAUAAAGGUGAACUCUGGAAAUUAAUUAUUCAGUGUGCUCUGCUGUAGUUUGUGUUAACGAUUUGUUGUAGAAGUGAAUAGGUAGUAAAUGAUCUGACAAGUUCAGUACAAUUUGUUGAAAAUCAAAAGGGGAUGUUUUACAGGGGCAUCAAAUUUCUUCAUUAGAUUUUUUCUUUAAGAAAGUGAAUUUUUUAACUUUCCUGCCAUGGAAGUAAGCUUUUCAGAGCUAUGAGAAAAUGUCUUCUGCAUUAACAUCUUUGUCAAAGUAAUUGUCAGAUGCUGCUAUUGCAUAGGUGAAUAGAUUUAUGCAUUGCUUUUUCCAAGUGACUUUAUUUGCUAUAUUUCUGGGUUUUGAGAAUUCACUACUGUUUCCACUGUUAACCUAUGAAAAAAGUAGUCACAGAAAGAGUUACGAUGUGGAAAGUAGAAUGUAUCAUAAAGAAAACAAAUCUCCAGUUCAAAUACUGUUGACCAAAAAACUGAUUUGAUAUUUUGACAUUCAGUAGCUUUGAAUGAAAUGUGAGUGAAAUGAAUUGGGUAUUAUAUUUCUUAUACAGGUAAUUAAAUGGAGCAAUUUUACUGUUUGUGCACAUUUUAAAUUAUUGGUUUGGGACUUAUUUAUACUUGGAGUAAAAUCUGUUCACAUUUCAAGAAUACACUUUAGUAGCUUUUUCCAGAAGAAAAUAAGGGUCAAUAUAGAGCUGGCAGUUACACAUUGAGUGCUGUUACUUAAGGUCUUGUCAUACUCAGUUGCACCAUUUUCACUUGACUUUAUACUUGAUUCCAAGUGACUCAUUUGCAAUGAGAAAACGGCACAGAGAAAGCGCCGGUGUUGUAACCUGGGAUGGGACACUCCGAGGUGCUGCCUCUGCCUCAGAUGCCACUGUAAAUGCUGCAUUGUCACUCAACUGUUCUGUCUGUGAUGCCUAAGUCAAAACAUGAUAUAUGUGCAAUGUAAGAGUGCUCAGACCAAUGAGGAUGCUUUGGUUUAACAAACUGGUGUGGUUAAUUGAGUUGUGUCUGAAGAUUUGUUUCUUAUUUUAAAUUGCGUUGUCAAUACAUUGAAACCAAAGAGUCAGUUGUGACAACUCCACCCUGGGUUGGGCUUUUUUCAUAGGUGGCUUACAAAUCCAUAGCCAAAUGCCUAUUAUGUUGUGUACUGGCAAGAAAGCUGCUGUCAUCAAAGUACUGAGAGAUACAAAUACAGGCAGCCUUUUAGUUUGCAUAUCCCUACCAAUAUUAUUUCAGAACUCUGUAAGAAUUCAGAGAAUAGUGUUUCUUUAGUUAUGAUUGUUUUGACUCUCCUCUAAAUUCUUCAGAUUUGUACCAGUAAACUGAUUAAAUAGCAAGAGGGAGGCAAGCAGUUGUGGCUUGCAAAAAUCCUCCAAAUGCAGAAGCUUUCCCAGGGACUUGAUUUUCCUUCUCCUCACAGCAGG